AUGUUGACCUCGAAGCGCCUGUAUCUCUUCCUCGCGUGCCUCGCCGCCUUCAUUGCACCCUCUCUGGGGCAACGGCCGAGCACCGCUUCAUUAUGUGACUACUACGCCACGGCCCUGUAUGGUGCCAACAACAGCAACACGCAGUGGAACCUCAUCAGGCAUAUCGUGGCUUUGGCGUUUGAGGGAGGUUCCGAGUUGACCAACAAAUCAUCCGAGCUGACGGGAAUCUUGCGUCCGGGCAAGUUUGGUGGCGUGGACAUCGACCUUCGACAAUACUUCAACGGCUCUAGAGCUUCCACGAAUGUCAACAACGCACCGAUUGGUAUUAAUUGGCUUGAUCAGGGUGGUACUGUGCCACUCUCGGAUUUCUUGACUGGGAGGACGGACACUGUUGUCAUGUCUAAUUCCUCGAACCAAUAUCACCUGUUUGGAAACUUCUUUGUUUCGUUCAGCCGAGCGUUUGCCUGCAGUAUCCCAUACCCCUCUCUACCGAACUCCGCCGGUCCCGUUCAGUUGUCGUACGCCCACAAGUUCAUGAACCUCGAGUAUAACCAACUUGGACACUUCAUCAACCAGCUCAGCCAGGCAGCGAUAUACUACGGAUUUUCCACCCAGGACGCCGAAACGUUCCGUACACGAUUGAACAGUCAAUACAACGUGCGAUGUGCACCGCCAGUCACAUUCAACCCAGCAAUGGGCCCGCAGCUACUCAGUCUGUGCCAGAACCCGACGUGUCCGCUUGCGGUUCCAGUCAGCGACUGCGCAGCAUACAACAAUCUUACAGCAAAUGGAAUAUCGGAUAGUAGCCCUACCACGGUGACGGCCACGGCCACUGCUACUGCCACGGCAUCGACGGCGCCGUCGUCUUCGGCAACAUCUGCGUCUCCAGCCACGCAGGAUGAGGAUAAGCUGACCAAGGGCGCAAUUGCCGGUAUCGCCAUUGGAGGCGCAGCUGUUCUUGUCCUUGCCGUCGCGGCCUUCUUUGUCGUCAGGAGACGACGCAAUAAAAGUCCCCCUCCACCACCUCCAUCAGAGCCCCCGGCUGCCUGGGCAGGCUCGCAGCAUUUCUCGUCCCCAACUCUCGACCCUACCACCCCAGCCGGGCGUGACCGCCACGCGUCUUCAUUUUUCUCUACAGGCCCCCCACCGUCUGAGAUGGCCAGCUCUAGAUAUCAGAGCCCCGUGGAAUUGAACGCCAAAACAGGCGAUCCGUAUCUCCAGCAGUGGGCAGCAACAGUCAGCCACCCAGUCGAGAUGGAUAGCUCUCCAGCUGAGGAACACCAGUGGUCACAGGAGCAAGGGGGAGAGAUCCAACAGGCUCAAAACCAGUCCCAGAGCCAUGCUUAUCAUCAGACUCAAGAUGAGGCGACGCGGCAAUACCACGAAGGUAAUUAUCGAUGA